AUGAAACUUGAAGAAGCUGAAUUGAACCCCGAAUUAUAUGGUCUUCGAAGAUCAGGAAGAGAAAGAAAAAUUACAUCAAUAAUAGAAUCAGAUGAUUCAGAGGAUGAAAUAGUGACUAAAAAGCGAAAGAAGAAGAAGAUAAAUAAUGAUGAAUAUGACGAUGAUGGUAUCGAACUAGAUGAUGAUGAAGAAGCUGGAGAAUUUUCCGAUGAUGAUUUCAUAACUACAAACAAACCAAAAAAGAAGAGUAAGAAGAAUAAUCACGUAAUGGACAAUUCCAAUAUUAGAUUUUCAUUAAGAAAUUCAAGAAAUGUGAAUUAUGUUAUUGACAAUGAAGAUGAUGAAGAUUUAUUAGAAAGUGGAAAUGAAAUGGAUUAUCAAUAUUAUGACUAUGACGAACCAGGGAAUGAAAAGGGUAUAGAUUUAGUUUUAGAUUAUCAAGUUAUUGAUGAAGAAAUUAAAGAUUCAGAUUUUAAAACCAAUUAUAAAUAUAAAAUUAAAUGGACUGAUUCAAGUCAUUUACAUAAUACUUGGAAUACAUAUCAAGAAUUAUCUGAAUAUAAAGGUUUUAAAAAAGUCCAAAAUUAUAUAAAAUAUUUAAUUCAAGAUCGUGAAUAUCGUUCUGAUCCUUUUACAACUAGAGAAGAAAUAGAAACUUUAGAUAUAGAAAGAGAAAGAAAAAGAGAUGAACAAGCUGUAUAUACGCAAGCUGAAAGAAUUGUUGAUUCAAAAAGAAUUCAAGAAGAUGAUGGAACUAAUAAAAUGUUAUAUUUUGUUAAAUGGAAAAGAUUAUAUUAUGAUGAAUGUUCAUGGGAAGAUGGUGAAACAAUUGCUAAAAUUGCACCUAAUGAAGUUUCAAAAUAUCAACAAAGACAAAAUUCAAAAAUAUUACCACAAUAUACAUCAAAUUAUAAACCAUCUCAAAGACCUAAAUUUGAAAGAUUAAUUAAACAACCACCUUUUAUUAAAAACGGAGAAUUGAGAGAUUUUCAAUUAACUGGGUUAAAUUGGAUGGCUUAUUUAUGGAGUAAAAAUGAUAAUGGUAUAUUAGCAGAUGAAAUGGGUUUGGGUAAAACUGUUCAAACUGUUGCAUUUUUAUCAUGGUUAAUUUAUGCAAGAAGACAAAAUGGUCCACAUUUAGUUGUUGUUCCAUUAAGUACAGUACCUGCAUGGCAAGAAACUUUUGAAAAAUGGGCACCAGAUGUAAAUUGUAUUUAUUAUCUUGGUAAUACAGAAGCAAGAAAGACUAUUAGAGAUUUUGAAUUUCCGAGAUUCAACAUUUUAUUAACAACUUAUGAGUAUAUACUUAAAGAUAGAUCAGAAUUAGGUUCAUUUAAAUGGCAGUUCCUUGCAGUUGAUGAAGCUCAUAGAUUGAAAAAUGCAGAUUCAUCAUUAUAUGAAUCAUUAAAAUCUUUUAAAGUUGCCAAUAGAUUAUUAAUUACCGGUACUCCAUUACAAAAUAAUGUUAAAGAAUUAGCUGCUUUAUGUAAUUUCCUUAUGCCUGGUAGAUUUAAUAUUGAACAAGAGAUUGAUUUUGAAGCUCCUGAUGAACAUUAUAUAAAAGAAUUACAAGAAGCUAUUAAACCAUUUAUAUUAAGAAGAUUGAAAAAAGAUGUUGAGAAAUCAUUACCUUCAAAAACUGAACGUAUAUUACGUGUUGAAUUAUCUGAUUUACAAACUGAAUAUUAUAAAAAUAUUAUAACUAAAAAUUAUGCAGCUUUAAAUUCAAGUGGUUCACAAAUUUCAUUAUUAAAUGUAAUGAGUGAAUUAAAAAAGGCUUCAAAUCAUCCUUAUUUAUUUGACGGAGCUGAAGAUCGAGUAUUAAAGGGACUUAAAACUCGUGAAAAUAUGUUAAGAGGAAUGAUUAUGUCUUCUGGUAAAAUGGUUUUACUAGAACAAUUAUUAACAAGAUUGAAAAAAGAAGGUCAUAGAGUAUUAAUAUUUUCGCAAAUGGUUAGAAUGUUGGAUAUAUUAGGUGAUUAUCUUACAGAAAAAGGUUAUAAAUUUCAAAGAUUAGAUGGGGGUAUACCUUCAGCUCAAAGAAGAAUUUCAAUUGAUCAUUUUAAUGCUCCAGAUUCUUCAGAUUUUGUAUUUUUAUUAUCAACAAGAGCUGGUGGAUUAGGUAUUAAUUUAAUGACUGCUGACACAGUUAUUAUAUUUGAUUCUGAUUGGAAUCCUCAAGCUGAUUUACAAGCAAUGGCAAGAGCUCAUAGAAUUGGACAAAAAAAUCAUGUUAUGGUUUAUCGUUUUGUUUCAAAAGAUACAGUUGAAGAACAAAUUUUAGAAAGAGCUAGAAAAAAGAUGAUUUUAGAAUAUGCAAUUAUAUCAUUAGGUAUUACUGAUGUUUCUAAAUCUAAAAAAGCAGAACCAGAAACUAGUGAAUUGAGUCAGAUUUUAAAAUUUGGUGCUGGUACAAUGUUUAAAGAAAAUGAUAAUCAAAAGAAAUUGGAAAAUUUGAAUUUAGAUGAUGUUUUGAAUCAUGCGGAAGAUCAUGUUACAACACCAGAAUUGGGAGAAUCAAAUUUGGGAUCAGAAGAAUUCCUUAAACAAUUUGAAGUUACUGAUUAUAAAGCUGAUGUUGAAUGGGAUGAUAUUAUACCACAGGAGGAAUUGGCAAGAUUAAAAGAAGAAGAGAAAUUAAAAGCUGAUGAAGAAUUUUUACGUGAGCAAAUUGCAAUGAGUUCAAGAAGAGCAAGAGAACCACCAAAAGAAUAUAAUGAAUUAAGUGAAAAAGAAAUUAGAUCAAUUUAUAAAUCAAUAUUAAAAUGGGGUGAUUUACAAGGUAAAUUUGAAAAAUUAGUUGAAGAAGGAAGUAUACCGAAUGAAUUGAUAUUAAUAAAACAUUGUUAUGCUGAAAUGAAUCAACAAGCUGAAAAAUUAUAUAAACAAAAUCCAAAUGCAUCAAAAGCUUUAUUAUUUAACUAUAAUGGAAUUAAAGGUUUUAAUGCAACUACAUUAAUUGAAAGACCACAACAAAUGAAAGUAUUAAAUGAAUCAGUCAAGGAUAAUAAAAUAAAAUUAAAUAAAGAGCCAAAACCAACAAAAGGUUGGGCAUGCGAAUGGACAGAAACUGAUGAUGAAAAUUUAUUAAUUGGUGUUAAUAAAUUUGGAUUUGGUUCAUGGGUUGCAAUGAGAGAUGAUCCAAUAUUAGGAUUUCAAAAUAAAUUCUUUUUAGAAAUUGAUGCAAAGAAAUUACCUGGAGCUGUACAUUUAACAAGAAGAGUUGAAUAUUUAUUUACAUUAUUAUUAGAUCAACCAACAACAAGAAAACCACCUACAUCAAGAUCAAAUUCAAAACAAUCAACACCAAGAGCAUCAACACCAAAAGCACCAAUUAAAAAAGAAGUGAAUAGAAAACCAAAAGAAAGUUCUCCAGAACCAAAUUAUAAACAAAUCAUGCAUCCAAUCAAUUCGUCAUUAGUCAGACUAAAAGAAGGCAAUAAAGGAUUAUCAAAACAUGAAUGGGCAACAAUAUUAAAAACUGAAUUAUUAAAUGUUGGUGACUUUAUAGAAAAACAAGUUUCCAAAUCAAGAUCUAAAGAGAAAACUAGAAGAGAAUUAUGGCAAUAUGCUGGUUUAUAUUGGCCAUCAAAAGUACCAAGUAAUAAAAUUAGUGAUAUGUAUAACAAAAUAAAAUCAAGAAGUAAAUAG